AUGGUAGCGGGCAAAGGCAGGGCCAGUGCUAACGGCAAGCCCUUCGGCGAGGAUAAGGACAAGGCCAUCGGCUUGGCGCUCGCUCAGAUCGAACGGCAGUUUGGCAAAGGGGCCAUCAUGCGGUUAGGCGAGUCAGCGGCAAUGGACAUCGAAGUCAUUUCCACGGGUGCCAUUUCGCUAGACGCGGCCCUUGGGGUCGGCGGGGUGCCCAAAGGCCGGGUCGUCGAGCUUUUCGGGCCUGAAGCCGCGGGUAAGACCAUGCUGGCGCUGCACAUCGUCUCCCAGGCGCAACAAACCGGCACGGCAGCUUUCAUCGACGCCGAACACGCGCUCGACGUGAAUUUCGCUCGUCGGUUGGGCGUUGAUAUCGACAAUUUGCUCGUCUCGCAGCCGGAUUCGGGCGAAGAAGCCCUAGAGAUCACGGAUACCCUAGUGCGCAGCGGUGCCCUCGACUUGGUCGUGAUCGAUUCGGUGGCAGCGCUGGUGCCCAAGGCCGAGCUCGAAGGCGAUAUGGGUGACUCCCACGUAGGGUUGCAAGCACGGCUGAUGUCCCAAGCCCUGCGCAAGCUCACCGGGUCGUCUCAGAAGUCCGGGACCACGGUGAUCUUUAUCAACCAGUUGCGGAUGAAGAUCGGCGUGAUGUUCGGCAGUCCCGAGACCACCACCGGCGGUCGUGCCCUAAACUUCUAUUCCUCGGUUCGCCUCGACAUCCGCGGCAUUGGCUCGAUCAAGGACGGCGACGAGAUCAUCGGCCGUCGCACCCGCGUCAAGGUCGUCAAGAACAAGGUCGCUCCUCCUUUCCGCGAGGCCGAGUUCGACGUCAUGUUCCGCGGCGACGACGUAGGCAUAUCGCGCGAGGCCGAUCUGCUCGACUUGGGUGUCGACAGAGGUUUUGUGGCCAAAAGCGGCACUUGGUUUUCCUACGGUGACGAACGGCUGGGCCAGGGGCGCGAGAACGCGCGCGUCUUCCUCCGCGACAACCACGAAGUCCGCAUGCGCCUAGAGACCGAGGUGCGCCAAGCCCUCAACAUGAAGGUCGCAGAAGUGCCUGAACACAAAGAAGCAGAGGUCGAACUAGCCUAG